AUGUUAGCAGCGCGCGCAGCCACGCCCGCUGCGCAUUCGUGCCAUCCCGGGCUCCAAGCAGCCAUGGCGCCCGUGCGCACCUUCGCCGCAAGUUCCCACUCGCUACCCAUUCCUUCCCCACAACGGCUUCCUGCGCGCUUUGAAGCGCAAAGCCGCGUCGCCUCCGUCUCUGGAGUGCGCGUGAGGCGCGCUGGGGGAUUGCGGAUACGAGCAAUGGCGGAGAAACCAGACGACAACAGCUCGAGCAACCCCUCCACGGAGUCGCAAUUCAUGCGCGAAUUGCGGCGCCGGCGCGCGGCCCAGUCCUCCAACAGCCAAUCAGACCCUGCCAGCAAGGCACCCGGCGCAGAAGCGGGGAGCGGAGGGGGGGGGGGAAGUGGCGCGGGAGGGGGGCCGGGAAUGCGCGACCAGCGGGCGGUUUCUAACGCGCUCAAUAGUGAAGGGCUCGAGGGCCUGCCGGCACGAGCAGCUGAGCUGCUGAAGCUGGGAGUCUCCUUCUACCUGCCGCUCUGGCCCUUUGCUCUCGCCAUUAUCACUGUCUUCACCGCUAUGUACCUGUUCCUGGGAUCCGACUUUGUGCAUCCGGGCAAGAGUUACGGGGAGGGCCGGCAACCCCCAAGCUACAUCGACCCUUACGCACUGCUGGAGGAGGAAGAGAAGUACAUGGAGCGCAUUCCUUAUGAUAUGAGCACUUAUCUAAAAGAUAACUAUGACCCGGAGUUGGAUGGGUGA